GGCGUUUCCUGUGAGGCGCCGUCAGGUCGUACGCACUUCCUGUUUUUCUGCGUCUGCCGCUUCUGCACUGACGGCAGGGAAAGGGUAUGAAACUGUGUUUACCGGCGCAUCGACAGCCGAGCUACGUUGACGGAGGUCCCCAGUGGAGUGACAGCGCAGCUGAGGGUGAAGUCCCCCGCCUGCAGAGCCAGCGACAUGGCGCUGAGCUCGGGUGGGUGGACGCGCAAUCCCCCUCCGGCCCAGAGCCCGUCGGUACUGGCGUCCGCGUCUGCCUACUCACAGCCCGGCUGCAGCACCGUGCUAAUGUCUGUGAAGGUGUCGGUGUGUCACUCGGGGAUCCGCCCGCUCUGCCUUCCCGGUGCUGGAGACGAGUCUCUGCGCCUGCAGCUGAGCAUGGACCCCGGACGAGCGGGGCAGUUCCGCCUGGCGCUGAAGGGCGCUGGAGGCGCGGGUCGCAGCGCGUCCGUUGCAGAGUUCGAUUUGUGCUCAGUGCGAUACGAGGUCAAGUCCCCUUGCUGCCAUGAGCUGCACUUGGUCACUCCCCCCAAUGAUCGUAUCAGCUUCACCUUCCGGUGUGAGCGGGAGGCUCAGGAGUGGGCCACAGUGGUGAUGUCAUCGCUGAGGGAAGCACAUAGAGUAGCAAACAGUGCCCCCUUGCCACCCGAUGAAGGACUGCCACAGCAGCAGCCUGACCAACAUCGAGCCCUCCUUUCCGUGCCCCGCAUUGAGGAACUGUGUGAGGGACUGUUGCGGGCCAUUGAGAUGGGGGACUCUGAAGCCGCUUCGCAGUGCGCAAUAAACUUGGCUCGCCACAAGGUGGCGCUUAAGAUCCAGCCCGCCGAAAAGACCUACUCAAACACAGAGAUCAGUUUGGCCGUCGGGGUGGAGGACGCCACCUCGUCUUGUUGUGUCACGGUGAAGGUCUUCCCACAUAUGACCAUUGCGUCGCUCAAGCAGCAGGUGUUCCUGGAGUACGGGUUUCACCCGCGGGUGCAGCGCUGGGUGAUCGGGCAGUGCCUGUGUACAGAGCCCCGCUCCCUGGCAUCAUACGGCAUACAGAAAGACGGUGACACUGCGUUCCUCUACCUCCUGUCGGCGCGGCAGGGACGACUCACCCGCCAGAUGUGUCAGCAGGACCAGGAAAGUGCUCUGCUCACGCCAGCUCCACCUGGCAACGGGCCUGCCAGUCACGACUGGAGGGGCUACAGUACGCUGCCCUCCAGGCUGUCUCACGGGGGCGCAGGCAGUGCGGGGGGCGGGGCACAGAGGCUGGCGGCUGGAGAGUUCCAAGAUCAUCUCAGCCUGGACAUGCUGCAUUUGAAUGAAUCUUUGAGUUCCAGAACCAGUUCACAGGAAGGAUGGUCCUGUCCUUCCUGCACUUUCAUCAACAGACCCACCCGGCCUGGCUGUGAGAUUUGCAGUGCGGAUCGGCCCGCAAGCUACGCAGUACCUGGAGGUCGCCGGCCCGACCCGUUAGAAUUGCGCCGCGUGCAGCAGGAGGAGGCAGUGGUACAUCAGUACCAGCGGGUAAAGCCUGCGCCCUGAGACCACAAGACGUGAGGAGGCAGGAGGUCCAGGACAGAAGAGCUCGCUGCUGCUGUACAGUUUGAACCAAGCCCAUGUCCGGGACUACUGACACACACACACACACACACACACACACACUGACACUCAGUGACUCAGCUGGAUUGUUGCAUGUCUAUACCUCACCAGCUGUAAAACAGUACCCAACAAACGCUGGUAUGCAGUACCAGCAUGUGCACACACAGGUGUUUGGAUGAACUUUGACUCUCAUUGUCAAUGCCCACUUGUAAGCCCUUUUGUAUGGAGCCCUUGGCAGAUCUGUAUAGCCGAAAGGGCAUGGAAAUGCACGUCAAUCGCAGAUGCACAGCACAAAAUUAAGUGCUUGGACCUUGUAUAUUUCACAGUUUAAUGAUCAGGGAGUGGUUUCUGAAGACGUUGAAUGUUUUACUUGUGUUCGCCUGAUUUUUUUUUUAUUUUUUGUUUAUAAUUGUCAUUUUAAAACUGUGAAAAGAUAUUAUGCUGAGAAGCAGAUAUUAUGUCCUGAGUGGGUGGGUGUGAAUAUUCAGAGGAGGUAGUGGCCUAAUGGUUCGAAUCCCCCAAGCACUGCUCACCGGGCGCUGAAUUAGCUACCCAUGAUAUCACAUAUGGAUUAAAUGCAGAGGACACAUUUCGUUAUUGUGCUGUGUCAGCAAUGAUAUUCUGGUGCCAGAUUGCAUCACACCAGGACCAUUUAAUUCAUAUGCUUGUUCAUGAAGUAAACAGCCCCCAAAGCAUUGCAUACAUGUAUUUUAAAAUGUAAUUACAUUUUAUUUCAUAAAUCGACAGUGCUAAUAAAUAAAUUUAAUUGA